AUGUCGGAGUCGGCGCCAACAAUUGUGAAUUGGUCUUUGAGCCGGAAAGUUUGCCCACGUAGUCGGAAUGUCAAUUGGCCAGCUGGUGAAAUGUUGCAGGUGGCAGAAGCAGCCAGGACGUGUGAAAGAGGAGCUCUUGAUAAAUUGCCUCUGUGGUUGAAAGCCAGACCGAGCAAUGGUGAAUGGCCUGGAGGGUCAAGCCGGGAACAGAAGGUGGAUUGUAGUGGAUUAGAUUAG